AUGCCUCUCAUCCGCAAACGUCGAGCACACGCUGAAUCUGACCAAGCAAGCGACUACUCUGAACAACCAGGCCCGUCCCCAGCACCGGUCCCUCACCGUCGAAGGCGCAUACAAGAUGACUCCCCCGAAUCCAACGAUGACGACGACGACGACGAUGAUGAUGAUGAAGUCCCCAAAACACAAAUACAGGCACCGAGCAGUACGGACGUCAUGAUUAAGAAGCUCGUGCGACUUGCCUUAGCUAGCGAGUACUCACGGCAAGCGAUCCGGAGAACAGACAUCAGCGCCAAGGUGCUGGGGGAGCACGGCGCAAGGCAAUUCAAAACCGUCUUUGAAGGGGCACAGAAGGCAUUACGGGCGAGAUUUGGAAUGGAAUUGGUUGAAUUACCAGCUAAGGAGAAAGUUACCAUUAGGGAACGGAGGGCGGCCCAGAAAGUCGAAAGACCCUCAUUAUCAAAUAAGGCAUGGAUCCUAACGUCCACUUUACCCGCGGCAUAUCGAACCUCUUCGAUCCUCACACCGACUAAAGCCCCCUCUUCCGCACUCGAAAGCACGUAUACAGGCCUCUACACGUUCAUUAUCUCAGUCAUAAUGCUGAAUGGGGGUACACUCCCGGAAGCGAAAUUGGAGCGGUACUUGAGACGCGCCAAUGCCGAAACGUACACGCCCGUUGACCGCACGGAUCGUUUACUCCAACGCCUCUGUAAGGAAGGGUACCUGGUCCGGAACAGGGAGAUGGAUGGUGGAGAGGAAGUGAUCGAGUAUAUGGUCGGUCCUCGUGGGAAGGUCGAGGUGGGCGUAAACGGUGUAGCCGGAUUAGUGAGGGAGGUAUAUGGGCGUCCAGCACCGGACGGCGUAGAGGCUGCUAGGGAAGAUGGUGAUGAUCUCACUGCCGCUGAAGGGGAAGAGAUGGAGCUAUUUGAGAGACGAUUACGAAGAAGUCUGGGGAUCAAUGAGAGGGUGCGGCCGGGUGAUGGUGGUGAAGUUGACAAUGGGGAAGGUGCUAGGAGACGAGGCAAUGCACGAUCAGGAAGAGACGAAGAAGAAGAAGAGGAAGAAGAUAAUGAUGAUGAUGAUUGA